AUGGGCUUCACUGCCGGACAAUAUCUAUUUACGACAUACUUAAGUUAUAGACAGUAUCAAGUGCUGAAGAAACCUUCUCCUCCCAAGGAGUUGGAUAAUGUCAUCACUCAAGAGACGUUUAAAAAGACACAGGAAUAUGGUCGGGCCAAAGCCAAGUUUGGGUUUUUCACAUCAUUUUUUUCGUUUGUUCAGAACGUGGCUAUUCUAAAGUACGACUUAUUGCCAAAGAUGUUUGGCUUGGCCGGCAAAUUUUUGGCUGCCUAUGGCCAUUCUAAGUGGUUCUCUGGUCUGACUGCUCAGUCGAUUGUUUUCUUGCUUGGAUUCCAAUUUGUCGAGACUAUCAUCUCUUUACCAUUGUCGUUGUAUUCUGAUUUUGUGAUUGAAGAGCGUUUUGGAUUCAAUAAACAGACCAUUGGCCUUUUCUUCACUGACCUGGUCAAAUCUGAGAUCCUGAAGAUUGUUAUUGGUGCCCCAUUGAUUGCUGCUAUUUUGAAGAUUAUCGAUUACUUCGGUGAUCAAUUCUUUUUCUAUUUGUGGUUGUUUAUGGUUGGUUUCCAAGUAGUUGCCAUUGCCGUGUUCCCGACAUUGAUUCAACCUUUGUUCAACAAACUGAGUCCACUUGAGGAUGGUGAGUUGAAGACCAGUGUUGAAAAUCUUGCCAAGCGCGUUCAAUUCCCACUCAACAAGUUGUACGUUAUUGACGGAUCCAAACGUUCUUCACACUCUAAUGCCUAUUUCUACGGUUUACCAUGGAGCAAGCAGAUUGUUAUUUUUGAUACUCUGAUUGAGAAGUCUACUGUUGACGAAGUCACUGCUGUAUUGGCGCAUGAGAUUGGUCACUGGGCUCUAUCGCACACUACCAAGAUGCUUCUUGUCGCACAAGCCCAUCUGUUUGCCAUUUUCGCUCUGUUCUCGGCAUUUAUUCGCAACCAAUCACUGUACAAUUCAUUUGGAUUCUUCAGCUCCUCAUCUCAGUAUCCUAUUUUGGUUGGAUUUAUCCUGUUUGGUGACAUUCUCCAACCCUUGGAGAGUCUUCUCAGUUUUGCCAUGAACCUCAUGAGCCGAUCCUUUGAGUUCCAAGCAGACGACUACGCUGUCAAUCUCAACUACGGACCCGAACUGUCGAAAUCGCUCAUUGGAAUCCACACCGAAAACCUGUCCAACGUCGAUGCCGACUGGCUCUACUCGUCCUACCACCACUCUCACCCCAUUCUACCUGAACGUCUUAAGGCCCUGCGUCUUGCUACCGAGGCCAUCCAAAAGAAAAAGCACUAA